CCCCACGCGCCGGUGCGGGCGGGCCGCGCAGGGCGGGCAGAGGGAAGGGAAGAUGGCGGAGGAGGAGAAGCUGCCCGCGGGGUGGGAGAAGCGCAUGAGCCGCAGCUCCGGCCGCGUGUACUACUUCAACCACCUGACGAACGCCAGCCAGUGGGAGCGGCCGAGCGGGGCGCGGGCGGAGCCGGGCCGCGUGCGCUGCUCGCACCUGCUGGUCAAGCACAACCAGUCGCGGCGGCCGAGCAGCUGGAGGCAGGAGCGCAUCACCCGCUCCAAGGAGGAGGCGCUGGAGCUCAUCAACGGUUACAUCCAGAAGAUCAAAUCAGGAGAGGAGGAUUUUGAGUCCUUGGCUUCGCAGUUCAGCGACUGCAGCUCGGCCAAGGCCGGAGGGGACCUGGGAGCGUUCGGGAGAGGGCAGAUGCAGAAGCCGUUCGAGGACGCCUCGUUCGCGCUGCGGGCCGGCGAGAUGAGCGGCCCCGUCUUCACGGACUCCGGCAUCCACAUCAUCCUCCGCACCGAGUGAAGUGCCUUGGCGGGGCCGGGCUUCCCGGGAAUCCCGUGGGAACGGCCGGGGGACCCUCGGGAAUCCACGGGGAGUCUGUGCGGACCUGCGGAAGUCCUCGGGAAUCCAGGGGAAUUCAUGGAAGUCCUGGGGAAUUCGUGGAAAUCUCUUGGGGUGUGUAGAGAUCUGUUAAGUCCACGGGAAGCCAUGGGAAUUCUCAGGAAUCCACGGAGCCCACGGGAAUCCUCAGGAAGUCCGUGGGAAUCUCUGGAAAUCCAUGGAAAUUCACAGGAAUUCGUGGAAGUCCAUGGGAAUCUGUGGGGGUCUACGGGAAUCCUCAGGAAUUCACGGGAAUUCGCGGAAAUCCUCAGGAAUCGGUGGGAAUCUGGGAAUCCUCAGGAAUCCGUGGGCAUUCGUGGAGGUCCGUGGGAAUCCUCAGGAAUCCACGGGAAGCCCACGGAAGCCGCGGGAAUCCCGCUCCAGGUCCCGCGGCUCCCGCGUCGCUCCCGGGCGGGAGCACAGACCGGGAAUUCCCGCGGGUUUUGGAAAUGCCGGCUCCCGGCGGCCCCGGCUCCGGGAACGCGGCGCCCGCGGUGGUGGUGGGGACGAUGGCAGCGGCGACGGUGACAGCAGUGACUGACAGCAGUGACAGUGACAGCAGUGACAGCAGUGACAGUGACAGUGACAUGACCAACAAUAGCGAUGGUGACGGUGACAAUGACCAAUGAUGGUGACAAUGACCAACAGUGGUAACAAUGACAGUGACCAAUGGCCAACAGAGGUGACAAUGACAAUGGCCAAUGAUGGUGACAAUGAUCACGACCAAUGAUGGUGACAAUGGCCAGCAAAGGUGACAAUGACGGUGACCAAGGUGACCAAGGAAGGUGAGGAUGCCCAGCCACGGCAAUGGCCAGCAGUGGUGACAGUGACGAUGACGAUGGCGGUGACACCGAUGCCACCACCACCACCGGUGCCGCAGCCCGGCGCCCCUCCCCCAGCCCUGCAUGUUUAUUUAACUCAUUCCCGCUCGUUUCGCCCCAAACCCGGCCCCGAUCCGAGGGCUCCGCUUGAUCCCGGCGUUCGUUAACGAGCUCCCGUUAAUUGGCAGCGGGCGUGAGGCAGCUCCCGUGUCCCUGCGCAGCGCCCGCGGCCUUCCCGGCGCCGCCGCUCGGACUCCGAAUUUUGGGGUGAACUCCCGGGGAAACGGGCAAACGUGGCCGGAAUUCCGCGCUCCCGCCCCGGGGGCCACACCCGCUCGGAUUGGGGUGAAAACCGCUUGGAUUUGGGGAAGUUUUUUUUUCCAAGAUCUUUCGGUUCUGUCGUCGUUUUCGCUUCGUUCAGUGGGGAAAUCCCAAAAAUCCCAGCUUGGAUCCGUGCAGAAAUCCCAAAAAAAGCUGUAAAGCCCCGGCUCUUUUCCUGCAGAAAUAAAUCCCCCUCCAGUGGAA